CUAUGCUUGGUUAAGAACUCAUCCAGGCCCCUUAAAAGGCAUAACAGAACAAGCAAGGAUGCUUUUAUUCCAUGUAGAAAACAAAUUUUCUUUACUGCUUUGUUCCAUGACAGAACUUUAAAGGGGAGGGGCUGGCCAGGGAGAUUGUGGGAUAGCCAGUUUCCAUUUGAAUAGACAAAGCUGGAGGGGGGUGGGAACUUCAUAGUCUAAGAAGGAGAGGCAAUUUGCACUGAAACAGCGGAACAGAUCUGCAUCUGCCUGCACUGUUGGUGGAGACACAGUAUAUGCUGCCUGCCCCUACACUGUAUACCUGAUGUCAAUAUGAGGAGGAAAUUUUUUAAAACCGAGAUCUUUGUCUUGCUUGCUGUGGGAAUCCCAUCCCUUCUUUUUAUCCUGUGGGAAGAUCAAAAUAAUCAACUAGUGUUAGAAGAAAUCGAGGAACCUUCACCUGAACGUCUUGCAGACAAUAAUACCAUCGACUCCCCUGCUGUAAAAAUUGAGUGGAAAUCCAGUUGUAAGGCAAAUUAUUCUGUUGAAAAUAUUAGUGGGUUUUCUGAUUUGCCACCUCAUAUUAAAGACUUCUUAAUAUACAGGCAUUGCAGAAGUUUUCCUAUAAUUAUUGAUGCUCCCAGUAAGUGUGGUGGCCCAUCUGCAUCCAAAGGAGUUUUCUUGCUACUUGCAAUUAAAUCUUCCCCUGGUAACUAUGAAAGAAGAGCUGUUAUUAGACAGACUUGGGGAGCAGAGGAAACCUAUGGAACUGCUAAGGUGAGGAGGAUUUUUAUAUCAGGGAUUUCCAAGGCAAAUAUGGAAGUGAAAAGGAUGAAUAAACUGCUAAAGAUUGAGAGCCAGAAAUUUGGAGACAUCCUCCAGUGGGAUUUUCAAGACACUUUCUUUAACCUAACCCUAAAGCAACUCCUAUUUCACCAGUGGCUAGAUGAAAACUGCCCAGGAGCCAACUUUAUUUUCAAUGGAGAUGAUGAUGUCUUUGUGAACACCUUCAAUGUAAUUGCCUUCUCACAGGGACUUGGAGAGCAUGGAGCAGAUAAACAUCUCUAUGUUGGGCAACUGAUAGCCAACGUAGGUCCCAUACGGGAGUCACAGAGCAAGUAUUAUGUACCAGUACAGGUUACCACUUCAGAUUCCUACCCAAGGUAUUGUGGAGGUGGAGGAAUUCUUAUGUCUAGGUUUACUUGCCUUUCAAUCUCCAAUCAGUCAAAGAGCAUUGAACUUUUCCCAAUUGAUGAUGUAUACCUUGGCAUGUGCCUUGAAAAGGCAGGCUUAGUGCCAGCAUCCCACAUGGGCAUGAGGACAGUAGGGGUGAAGGUCCCGUCUGACACAUUGGACUCUUUUGAUCCUUGUUACUAUAGGGAGCUUCUAAUGGUACAUCGGUUUGUGCCCUAUGAGAUGAUAGUCAUGUGGAACGCCAUUCAAGACUCUAAACUUGACUGUGGCCAAAAACAUGCUAUCUACAUUGGAGUAUGAUUCAAAUAUACUUAGUGAAAUUCUGUUCCUGGGUUUCACACCUCUGACAUAAAUGGUUUACAAACCCUGCACUGCUGAAGGAAUGAGAAGAUAUUUGUCCUUGACCAAAAACUUGGGGGACACAAAUUCCAUGACUUGAUUGCAGAGCUAAUCCAAAAGGACAUUAAUCCCCCCCAAAGAAAAUUAAUAUUCCCAACUUUUUGCCGAGGAUUGUUAUGUGAAUCUUGGGUAUGCUUGCUAGAAAAUUAACUCUACAGUUGCCAGAACAUUGUUGUUUUAACUUGAACCAUGAAGGACAAGAAAGUACAAAAAAUAUCUGCAGAAAAAUUUGAACUUGCACUGACAUAGCAGUUAUUCAAUACUGUUUACAGUGCUUUCCUUCAGCUAUUAAGGCACUCAUCUUUGAUUUGUUGUGAACACCAAAGAACCUAUUAUGUUUUUCUAUGCAACUGGAUUAAUUUUGACACAGUUUUUUGACAGCUGAAGGCCUCUUAUAAGAGAUAGUGGGGUCACAAGCUAUCAUGUGAGUGGCCCAUUUUGGAAAACUAAAACUAAAUGUUGCUGCUUUAGACAAACCUAAUGUGAUAUAUUUUAUUUACAUCUGGACAUACAUGUGUAUUUUAAUUCUAUUUAUCAUUACCCUUACCUCUUAGUCAUGAGUCUGUUUUUGUAUUUAAGGAAAACUGUACCUCUCAGUAACUUGAGAUGGAAAAUUCUCUGCUACCCAGGUCACACCCUGAUCAACCCAAACCAUGCCGCCUGUGUCAUAGCCUA